AUGGCUGAAAUGGCGCAUUUCGCCAAGUUUGCAUUUGCGCCCGAUGAAGUCAACGACCUAACGCCGACAGUCAUCUGUGAAAGAGUGCAGGAGGGCGCCGAGAUGGACGAAGCGGCGAAAGUGAACAUUGGGUUUGGCCAAGGGAGUGCUUGCUCUAUUCCUCUAUCCACGGCCUUCGUGUCUUUGCUUGCUUCUAUCCUUGGCUCGAAUGCUACACCUCUCUCUGCUCGUGGGCCACAGACAGUGAACCCGUACCUUGACGCUGACCAAUACGUGAGCCCCGUCUACGCUGACCAAGUUGUAGCUGCUACUGCGACCAUCAGAGCAAAUGGAGAUAAUGCUUUGGCCGACAAAGCUCUCUUGGUUGCCGAGGUCCCCACGUUCCUCUGGAUAGACAGAAUUGCCGCCGUAACGUCAAUUGGCGGGUACUUGCAAGACGCACGUACCAAACAAGCCCAGACAGCCCGGAAACAAGUAGUGAACAUCGAGGUGUACAAUCUUCCUGACCGUGAUUGCUCAGCCAAAGCUUCAUCAGGAGAGCUUGAUAUCAGCCAGGCCGGUUUGGCAAGAUACGAAGCCUAUAUCAAAGCUAUUGGAAGUCAGAUAGAAAGCUAUCCGGACGUGACAAUCGUCAUCGGUCUUGAGACUGACUCCGUUGGGAAUCUCGUGAGCAACCAAAGCGUCCCCAAAUGUGCCAAUGCUGCCGAAGCUCACAUUAAUGGAUCAGCCUUCGCCGUUGCAUGGCUCAGCCAAUAUGCGAACGUGUCAAUCUACUUGGAUGGAGCCCACGCCGCUUGGCUUGGCUGGCCCGAUAACUUGGGCCCCACCGUCGACAUCCUAGCUGAAAUCGUCAACCGGGCUAAAGUAAUUAACCCAGCCGCGGCAGUACGAGGUGUUGCGACUAACGUCUCCAACUACAACGGCCUUGGAACAUCCACCAACUACGGUUACGACGAGCUCGACUAUGUCCGUAACUUGGCACCCCUUCUUACGGCGCGAGGGCUCCCCGCCCAUUUCAUCGUCGACCAAGGUCGUUCAGGACAACAAGACUACCCACGAAGUGGAGGUGACUGGUGCAACAACAAGCAAGCAGGCUUUGGACCCCGCCCGUCAAGCAUCACGCCCGACCCGCUGAUCGAUGCCAUUGUUUGGGUUAAGCCUGGUGGGCAGGGUGAUGGGACCAGCGAUGAGACAGCUGAGAGAUUUGAUGAAGCUUGUGGCAGUGAGACGUCUCUGAAACCCGCACCAGAAGCUGGCGCAUGGUUCCAAGAGUACUUUGAACAACUUCUUGAAAACGCGAACCCUCCUUUCUGA